UCAUUCUUGGCUGCGAUAUAAAGUCUCUCUUCGUUCUCUUUGGAAGUUGAUGGCACAGAUUUUUAUUCUAUUCAGAGUGGUUAAAUAAAAAAAGUUGUGAGGAAUUUCCCGACAAUGGAGAAUGAAAAUCUGCAAGAAAAUUGCCAGAAGGAGGAAAAGAUCAAGAAUGUGGAUGUUGGAGAAGCCAAUGGUGACGCAGAAGGCAGCAAAGUAGCAGGUGAGGAAAAGUUGAAAUUCACGUCAAAGUGGGUGGAGGAGAAUGACUUCGAUGCUUCCUCGAGCGGCGAUGUGGCGUCCGUUGCGGAUGAGAGCACCAUCUACACCUCUUCCGUAACCGAGAGCGACGCCUUUUCGGACGUCGUGCGAAAUUUCAGCUCAGCCGUGAGUCUCGAUGCCGAGAAGACGUCCACAAUCAUCUCGGGCAGCAGCCACAAGAUCAUCACGCUGGACAAGGAGAAACCCAUGCAGGUGAAUCAGACGGAAAUUCUGCAGCACAUCUUCAAGGGCGACAGCAGCGUGCAGACCUUCGAUAAGAUUCAAAUUGAAAAUUCCAGCAGGGUUCACAUUGGCAAUGUCACCUACGUCACGGGGCCCAUCCACAUUGUCACAGACGCCGGGAGUAACACCCGGCAAUCCGCUCCAGUCGAGAAGAUUGAAAUGAAAAAUCCCGGCUUCUACAUCGGCAACACACAGCAACGUCUCCCCAAUAGAGAGCCCCGCAUUGUGGAUCGACGCUCAUGGCUAGCACAACCACCCAUGGAAGAUCCUGUCUUCGUAGAUGAACCCUUUCCUUACGUUAUUAUAACUCAUACUGCCACCGAAUCUGGCAUUAAUCAAGCUGAAAUGGUUUACUUGGUGCGAAUCAUUCAGAGCUUCCACAUUGAAUCUCGCGGCUGGGAUGACAUUGGCUACAAUUUCCUUAUCGGGGGCGAUGGGAGUGCCUAUGAGGGACGAGGAUGGAACAAAAUGGGCUCCCACACGUAUGGCUAUAAUCGAAAAGGAUUCGGAAUAGCCUUUGUUGGAACCUACAUGAAUACCCUUCCACCCCAGAUUAGCAUGGAUGUCUGCAAAAUGAUGAUUGAGAAAGGAGUCCGGGAGGGUUACAUUGCACCUGAUUAUAAACUCGUUGGUCACUGCCAAUGCAUUCCAACUGAAAGUCCCGGCCGGAUGCUCUAUGAGGAGAUCAAAAAGUGGCCACACUAUUCAGAGACACUCUAGGAAUGAUAAAAGGCCCCUAAAAGACUUCCAGGAAGCUCCGCAAUUCCUUUUAAGAUUGUGUUAAAGUAUUAUAAAAAAAAACAUCCAAAGUAUUUUCAGCUUGUCAUCAAAAUAUAAUUGCACUAAUGUCUUUCUUGAGAGGUGCCAAAGGUGUGAUGUAAAAGAACUUUCGAAAAUAAAUUAAUUUAUCUACUUAUCCGGGA